UGACAAUUUGUUCCCACUGUUUCUGGAGUACAUCCAGAUGCAAAUCAUAUUUAAGAAACCUAUCCUUUAAAAUGAAACAAUUAAAACAUUUCCUUUUAUAUUUUAUUCUGAUAAAUAUUUUAAAGUUUAGUUUCAGUUUAUAUGAGUGCUACAUAUCAGGUAUAUUCAUUAGACAUGAAAGAAAUAAGCUUACAAAAAGGACUGUUGACAAGUAGGUGAGCACGUCUACAGUAUUCUUCCAGGUUUUGAUCAAACCACGCCAGUGACACCACCUCAUAUGACCUAAAUCAAUUUCCGCAUGAGUAACAGCCACUGAUCCAAUGAAACAGCCAUGCUGCUGGACUGAAAACACUGCUGGGAAGUGUGUGUGUGAGUGUGUGUCCAUCUGUCUGUUAGCAGGCUUGUCUUUGAUUAAGACAAGGCACCGUUUCACAAUAAAACAGGUUAAGAGCCCGUUUCUCAUCCUCAUUCUAUCUUGAGUAAACAGCAUUGUUGCCCAGAACAAACUCCACCUCAAGGCAUAAAGUAAAUUGGAUAUUUGCCCAGACUGACUCAAUUUCAUUGUUGGACAUUUUCUGGUGUAAACAGGUGUAAAGAAAAAUUGUUGGCUAGUAGAUUAAUAUGUUGGUGACCAGUCACAUCCUUUGAGAUAUCAAGUGGCAGAGCUUAUAAUUCUGAUCUGUAGGUAAAUGGGAAGUAAAAGGAGGAUGCACGUGACAGAAAAAAAGAGAUUUGAUUUCACUUCUCCUUUUCCACUCAGUGUUUUAGUUUAGUCUAACAGUAACAGAAGUUAUUUUACAGAAACACCAGAACUAAAACUGGUCCACUGUCUACAGAGAAGAGAAUUUUAUGAUACGCAUUUGCUUGCGCUAGUGUACCAUUUUUAACAUUUUCUUUUUUUGUUUUUGCAUACAUUUUUCAUGUUUCUCUAAGGAUCUGAAAUGCAUUUAUUUUUCCACGUUUCUAUAUUUUGAAGAUCUGCAAAUGCAGUAUUUUACAAACCCUGCAAAAUUUGAGUACUUUGCUACUAUAAAUCAAAAGGAGGGACUGCAGAACAUCAAUCAAUUAAAAUUUCAUUAAGAAACAGCACUUCAUUGGAAAAUACAUCUACCAUCAUACAGAAAAACUAUGAGGGCUGUUACAGUCAUCUGGGCAGCAGUCAUGUUGGUGGGACUUCAGCAGGAUGUUCUAACUCUGGACAACAUUGUCGUGCUCUCAUCUAAAAAUCUUUCCUCUGUCCCAAAAGACCUGCCACAGACAGUUGAGUUUUUAGACCUUUCAUGCAACCACAUUCAACAACUUCAUCGUGGAGACUUUAAAAAAACCACACUCCUUAAGUUUCUCAACAUGUCAUGGAAUGCUUUAGAGAUCAUUGACCCUUUGACAUUUCUCAACACACCGCUACUGAAGGAUCUGGACUUGUCCCACAACAAUCUGGAAAACCUCCUGGGUCAGCAGUACCUGACUCAUACGGGAAACCUUGUAAAUUUAAAUUUGGCCCACAACCGAUUUGUCAAAAUGACACUUGGGCGCGAGUUCAGUACCCUGGUUAAACUGAAAAGAUUGGCAGUCGGAGCAACAAACAUCAGUAUGGGUGAUUUUAAGCAAAUUACAGGAGUGAAGCUAUGGACACUGACCUUUUCCCUUAACAAUGAAUUUAAAUAUGAAACAGGAAGUCUGACAGAUGUUCAUGCACUAAGGUUUCAGAUAUGCUUCCUUAAAAAUCAAAAAAUCAAUAACAAUCUGAUUUCUGAUGCCCUGUCACUCUUUGAUGAGGUGGAGCUGACGAAUUUGACAGAUGGCUACACGGAUCUAAGUACAUUACUGAGUCAGAGAAAGAAAACCCGCACAUCACAUCUUUAUCUCAGCAACAUACUCAUCAAGUGGAAAGACCUAACUCACUAUGUGAAUGUGGUUCUGCAAAGCUCUGUUACUCAUCUAUCUGCCUCUGAUGUUGUCAUGACCAAUUUGCCUCGAAACGAUACUGAUGUCAUCAGAACAUCUAAGAUGAAAUCCUUCACAGCCAGAAGAGCCAUUGUGGCGUCUUUCUUUUUUUCACAGGAGGCAGUUUACAACUUUUUUAUCAACAUGCCAGUGGAGAGUUUGGCAAUCGUGGAGACUUCAAUUAUACACAUGACAUGCCCUAAAUCACAAAGUCCAAUUCGCCAUCUUAAUUUCUCCUAUUGUGCUCUCUCUGACACCAUCUUCUCCAGAGUGGAGCAGCAAAAGACUCUUGAAUGUGAGAAUUUGGACAGUGUGUUGACAUUGACUCUGGUAGGUAACAACCUUAAGAGCCUUCAGUUGCUCAGCAGACGUCUCCAAUACAUGAGGUCCCUGCAGAAUCUAGACCUCGGUCUCAACUCUCUUGUUUAUGAUGGACUGGUAGAGUGUGUCUGGCCACCAAACAUCACCAAUAUGACCCUUUCAUCCAAUAGCCUGACUGACUCUGUUUUUAAAUGUCUCCCAAAGGGAACAAAGAUUUUGAACCUCCAAAACAACCACAUAUCUGUGAUCCCACCAUCAGUCAUGAAACUGAAAAACCUUUCAUCGCUAAACCUUAAUUCCAACAGGCUGCGGGACCUGCCAGUGUGUAAUGGUUUCCCCAUACUGAAUGAGCUUCUACUCAGGUCAAACUCUCUUCAUGCUCCAUCUGUCAACAAGUUGGAGAGCUGCCGCCACUUGAAAACCCUGGAUGUCAGUCACAACCCUUUCACAUGUACUUGUGCUCUGAGAGAUUUCAUAAUUCUCGGCAUUCGCUCUGAAAUACACAGUCCCACAGGAAUUGAACUGAUGAGCUGGCCAUCACACUAUUACUGCAAUUACCCAGAGAACUGCAGAAACUCCACCUUGAAAGACAUUUCAAUCCCAGAGGUCUCAUGCAAUGUUGGGCUUUUAGCUGCAACAAUCCUGUGCCCAACAGUGUUGGUUAUUAUUGUAACUGUGUCUCUGUGCCACUAUCUAGAUGGUCCAUGGUACAUGGGCAUGAUAUGGCAAUGGACCAGAGCUAAACAUCGUGCAAAAACACGACACAUUCGACCAGAAGACUUGGUGGGUGUUGAGUUUCAUGCUUUUGUUUCUUUCAGUCAACAUAAUGCUGACUGGGUGCAUAACUUCCUACUUCCAAACCUCGAAGGCCAAGCAGGAGGGCUCAGAAUCUGCCAUCAUGAGAAUCACUUUUUGCCAGGAAAGACAAUUAUACAGAACAUCAUCAGCUGUGUGGAGAGAAGUAGACGCUCUGUGUUUGUGCUUUCUGCUCAUUUUGUCAAGAGCGACUGGUGUCAUUAUGAGCUGUACUUUGCCAGCCACCAACGGCUUGCUCGGGGUUCAGACAGCGUUGUUCUUGUACUGCUUGAGCCACUGCCUCAAUAUCUGAUUCCAUCCAAAUACUACCAACUGAAGACCAUGAUGAGUAGGCACACAUACUUGGAGUGGCCCCAGGACAGAGCCAAGCACAGACUGUUCUGGGCCAACCUCAGAGCGGCUCUUCAGACAGAUCUGCCAAAUGCACCAGUACCAGAGCUGGUUGAUUAACUGAGAGGAAGAAGAAAAAAGACGAA